AUGGAGGCGGAGCAGCGGCCAGCCGCUGGGGUCGGCGAGGGGACGACCCCUGGCGUGGAGGCGGUGCCUCCCGCGGCUCCCACGCCGACUGCCGCGGCCUCGGGUCAGACCCUGGGGUCCGCGCCCGAGCCGAAGAGGAGGCCGCUCGGGACCCUGCUGCAGCCCACGGUCAACAAGUUCUCGCUUCGGGUGUUCGGCAGCCACAAAGCAGUGGAAAUCGAGCAAGAGCGCGUGAAGUCGGCGGGGGCCUGGAUCAUCCACCCCUACAGCGACUUCCGGUUUUACUGGGACCUGAUCAUGCUGUUGUUGAUGGUGGGAAACCUCAUUGUACUGCCUGUGGGCAUCACUUUCUUCAAAGAAGAGAACUCUCCUCCUUGGAUUGUCUUCAAUGUCCUCUCUGAUACUUUCUUCCUACUGGAUCUGGUGCUCAACUUCCGUACGGGCAUUGUGGUAGAGGAGGGCGCUGAGAUCCUGCUGGCACCUCGGGCCAUCCGCACACGCUACCUGCGUACCUGGUUCCUGGUUGACUUCAUCUCCUCCAUCCCAGUGGACUACAUCUUCCUGGUAGUGGAGCUGGAGCCCCGGCUGGAUGCUGAGGUCUACAAAACAGCUCGGGCCCUGCGGAUUGUUCGCUUCACCAAGAUCCUCAGCCUGCUGCGGUUGCUCCGCCUCUCCCGCCUCAUCAGAUAUAUACACCAGUGGGAGGAGAUCUUUCACAUGACCUAUGACCUGGCCAGCGCUGUGGUUCGCAUCUUCAACCUCAUUGGGAUGAUGCUGCUGCUCUGUCACUGGGAUGGCUGUCUGCAGUUCCUGGUCCCCAUGCUGCAGGACUUCCCUCCCGACUGCUGGGUCUCCAUGAACCGCAUGGUGAACCACUCAUGGGGCCGCCAGUACUCGCACGCCCUGUUCAAGGCCAUGAGCCACAUGCUGUGCAUUGGCUACGGGCAGCAGGCCCCUGUGGGCAUGCCCGACGUCUGGCUCACCAUGCUCAGCAUGAUAGUGGGUGCUACCUGCUACGCCAUGUUCAUCGGCCACGCCACUGCCCUCAUCCAGUCCCUGGAUUCCUCCCGACGCCAGUACCAGGAGAAGUACAAGCAGGUGGAACAGUACAUGUCUUUCCACAAACUGCCAGCUGACACCCGGCAGCGCAUCCACGAAUACUAUGAGCACCGCUACCAGGGCAAGAUGUUCAAUGAGGAGAGCAUCCUGGGUGAACUGAGUGAGCCGCUGCGAGAGGAGAUCAUUAACUUCACCUGCCGGGGCCUGGUGGCCCACAUGCCACUGUUUGCUCAUGCCGAUCCCAGCUUUGUCACUGCAGUUCUCACCAAGCUACGCUUUGAGGUCUUCCAGCCGGGGGACCUUGUGGUGCGUGAAGGCUCUGUGGGCAGGAAGAUGUACUUCAUCCAGCAUGGGCUGCUCAGCGUGCUGGCGCGUGGCGUCCGGGACACCCGUCUGACUGAUGGAUCCUACUUUGGGGAGAUCUGCCUGCUGACCCGGGGCCGGCGCACAGCCAGCGUUCGGGCCGACACUUACUGCCGCCUCUACUCCCUGAGCGUGGACCAUUUCAAUGCUGUGCUUGAGGAAUUCCCAAUGAUGCGCCGAGCUUUUGAGACUGUGGCCAUGGAUCGGCUGCGCCGCAUUGGCAAGAAGAAUUCCAUACUGCAGCGGAAACGCUCAGAGCCAAGUCCAGGCAGCAGCAGUGGCAUCAUGGAGCAGCACCUGGUUCAACACGAUAGGGACAUGGCCCGCGGUGUUCGGGGCUUGGCACCAGGCACAGGAGCGAGGCUCAGCGGGAAGCCAGUGCUGUGGGAACCGCUGGUGCAUGCGCCUCUGCAGGCGGCUGCUGUGACUUCCAACGUGGCCAUUGCCCUGACUCACCAGCGGGGCCCUCUGUCCCUCUCCCCCGACUCUCCAGCAGCCCUCUUGGCUCGUUCUGCUCGGCGCUCAGCAGGCUCUCCAGCCUCCCCGCUAGUGCCCCUCCGAGCUGGUCCUCUGCUGGCACAGGGGCCAUGGGCAUCCACCUCCCGCCUGCCUGCCCCAUCAGCCAGAACCCUCCAUGCCAGCCUCUCCCGGGCAGGGCGUUCCCAGGUGUCCCUGCUGGGCCCUCCCCCAGGAGGAGGUGGACGUAGGUUAGGACCUCGGGGCCGCCCGCUCUCAGCCUCCCAACCUUCUCUGCCUCAGAGGGCCACAGGUGAUGGCUCUCCUAGGCGAAAGGGCUCAGGAAGUGAGCGCCUGCCCCCCUCAGGGCUCCUGGCCAAGCCUUCGGGGACAGCCCAGCCACCCAGGCCACCAGUGCCUGAGCCAGCCACCUCCCGGGGCCCCCAGCUCUCUGCCAAUAUGUGAAACCCUUGGUUACAUAGGCCUUAGCUCUUAGGGUGCAACAGUCUGUGCCCGAGGGCAGAUACCUCUUGGGGAAGGCCCAGAGGACUCAAAAGACUGCCCUGUGGGAGCGCCUCCCUUAGCACCAUGAAGAUGUUCUCUGUAUCGUAAGCUCAAACAGCCACAGCUUAUCCGAAAUCUUAGUCCAGUCACCCAUUUGUCGUGUGUACCGAGCCUACUACAGUGAAGGCACUGUGCUGGCCACUGUAUGUCUCCACUGCCAGGUAGAAGUGACUCAGA